AUGUUUAAACAACACGCACAAUAUGUGCAAUCAUCGGAAAUUAUAUUUGAUAAAUUUAUUAAUUUUUUGAGUUCUUCCAUAUGGAAUAUUCCAAUUGCAACAUUUUUGGAGCAAUAUUCAAUAGUGUUUGAUGAUAAACAAAAUGAUUUAUUACUUUAUCAAAAAAUUCAUGAUGAAUUCAAAUCAAUGGUUGAUACAUUAAUGGAUGGUUUUUGUGGUGAUUUACAAAUCAAAGCAAGAGAACUUGUCACCGCUCUCAAACAACAUGACAAUAGUAAUAAAUUGUCAACAAAGAACAGAGUAGCUUUGUUUUUUUCCUCCAUAAAUAAUUUAGUUUAUUUAAUAAAUUUAAAACUUUAA